AUGGCGGAACCGUCAUGGCAAGAAACGCUGCGUCUGCGACUAGUCGAACGGGAUGCAAAGGAUGGGGCUUAUGCUGGAAUUAUCGAGCAAUAUCGCAGAUUGGCUCAGCAGACGAAAUUGCUGAAGGAACGUAAUGCGUCGCUACUGCGGGCGGUCAAUUCUGUCAAGGCAAAUCCAAGCAGUUCUACCGUUUUCGUACCGGGGACCAAUGAAGAGAGUCCAGUUCGUGCGGCGUACAUGGCAUCCUUAGAGUCGCAGAUAUCUUCUCUGCGCGACGAACUAGCCACUGUCUAUAAGACGCAAGGCCAGAAUGCCCAACGUCUGCUAUCAAUGAACGAGACGCUCAGAGAAAAGGAGGAACUCUCGCGAAUCGACUCUGAAAAUCUCCGGAAAACAAGAGAUGAAGUGUCUGCUCUGCGGCGAAAGGUGGACCAGCAUAGCGAGCUUAUGGCCGAGAAGGAUAGAACGAUACAGAUCCUACACGACGAGAUCAGCACGUUGCAGCUCGAGCUGGGUCAAAUUGAGGAACGCAAUCAAACCCUCAACAAGGAUAACGCGAAACUCCUGCAGCGUUGGCUAGAUGCCAAACAAGUAGAAGCCAAUAAGAUGAACGAGGCGAACCAAUUCUAUGAGGACCUGCGAUCCCAACAUCAAGCCGUGAUCAACUGGAGAGACAAUGCGUCCUCGCAGGACCCUAAUGCCGCUCCGAACGGCGCGGAAACAUCGUCGCAGGUAUCUAUGCAGUCGGGAAACGGGGAGGCGGAGGGGAGCAAUGGCACGAUGCUGACGAAGGAUGGGAUACCAUCUCCAGCGUCAAAGGACCUGGAUCUGACUCCGAAUGGCUAA